AUUGCCAGCAACAAUCCUUCUCCAAUUCCCAAAACCCCAAGUCUCCUUUUCAGACCAUCUUGUGUGAAACCCCUUUAUUUGUCUCACAAAAUCUUGGGGAAAAGGAUGAAAUUCAUACGCCAUUACUGGAAUUUUCUCAACUUCUUACUCAUUUCUAUAAAUUUCUCUCCUUUUCUCUUCUCCUUCUUCUUCUUCCUCAAUAAUCCCCAUGGCUGCUUUUCCCUCUUUAAUCCCCCUUCUCUCUUUGGCUCUGGUUUUUGCUUCGAUUCCGAUUUCUCUUUCACUACCCUUCGUUGUACUCCAUGGUAUAGGAGAUCAAUGCUCACAUCAAGGAGUUAAAAACUUCACUCAACUACUUAGUAACUAUUCUGGUGUUGAAGGAUAUUGCCUUGAAGUUGGGAAUGGAGCGUGGGAUUCUUGGUUUAUGCCUCUUGAGAAACAAGCUGGAAUAAUUUGUGACAAGGUGAAGAAAAUGGAGGAGUUGAAAGAAGGUUACAAUAUGGUUGGUCUCUCCCAGGGUAACUUGGUCGGCCGAGGAGUCAUCGAGUUAUGCAACGGAGGACCACCAGUUAAGAACUAUAUAUCUUUAGGAGGCCCUCAUGCUGGUAUUGCUUCUGUUCCUCUUUGUGGUUCAGCUAUUUUCUGCCGCCUUGCAGACGAACUCAUUAAGUCAGAGAUCUACAGCGAUUACGUUCAAGAUCAUCUAGCUCCGAGCGGUUAUAUCAAAUUACCAAACGCUAUCCCUAAGUAUUUGGAGAAAUGUAAGUUUCUACCAAAGCUCAAUAAUGAACUCCCACAAGCGAAAAAUUCAACGUAUAAGGAAAGAUUCAGUAGCCUACAAAACUUGAUACUAAUUAUGUUUGAGCAUGACACUGUUUUGGUCCCCAAGGAAACCUCCCUGUUUGGUUACUACUCGGAUCGUGCUUUGAAUUCAACUAUACCUGCACAACAGACAAAACUCUACACUGAGGACUGGAUUGGUCUGAAAACCUUGGAUGAAGCUGGAAGAGUGAAAUACAUAAGUGUUGCUGGAGAUCAUGUUAAAAUUUCUAACAGUGACAUGAGAAAGUAUGUGAUACCAUACUUGCAAGGAUAAAGAAUCAGUCGGAUGGGUGGAUCUGGGAAAGUUAAUGAACACCACAAUAUUGAUUAAAUAUGAGCACAGCAGUAAAGAAAAGAGCAAGAUAGUUAACAAAACAAAGUUCUUUGAAUCCUAAUGAACUAUGCAAGCCUAUUUUACAAAUAUAUACAGAAAUUAUAAAAGAAUAGAUCCAUCCCUAUGUAUUCCAA